CAGCAUAGCCUAUUAUCAUAUUUAUAUGUAUAUACGAGAAGAGAAAAGUACCGCAUUCAACACCUUUAAAUCUGCGAAAAUCUGAUGUCUAGUUUAUGGGAUUAAAAAGGGAAUAUCGCAUUGAAACAUCUGCGUAAAAGAUUGACCCCCUGAAAUCGAUUGAAGACUUUAGCCUUUUGAUUAUUUUAAAUCAAAAUCAUGAGUUGGUUUUCUACAGAAGAGAAUUAUCCACUAGAGGAUAAGAAUGAUGCUUCAUCUUUCCUAUCAUAUCAGUUCAAUUCAAGUAAAGGUGUUAGUAAAGAGAAACCAGUGAAAACAGAAAAUACUAUUAUCCAUAAUAAUAAUAAUCAUGCGAAAAUAGCUAAAGAAAAUUCAAAACUAUGGUUAUUGGUAAACAGUAGUGAUGAGAAUACAAAACUAUUGGAUAUAACAUCAAAACAACGCCUACCAUCAAUCUUUCCUACUUUAUCAAUGGAACAAUCUAUUCAUAAGAAUAAUCAAAGACAGAAACAGCCCACUUGUCAAGUAAAAACAGAAUUUACUGUGAGUAAUAAUAGACCAUGCUGCUGCGUUAAAAAUUUAGAUGAAAUCGAUCAGUUGUAUAACAAACUACGGAAACAGCUGAAUCGCAAUAACAUACUAGAAAAUUAUUUUCUAAUAAUUCUACAACAUUUAAUUAAAUCGCUGCUUCUAAUAAAACCAAAUAAUGUCAACAUGAAGAGUUCACCUGCAAAUACAUUAAAAAUGUACAAUCCAAAACAUGUCAUCAUUAUAUGGAAACAAAUUAUUGAAAAGUGUCAUUUACUCAUAUGUUCCACUGAAACAACAUUGCAACAAGAAGAUAAUUUUCUCCCUAAUGAAACGCCAAUAAACACAAAAUCAAUUCACAGGAGUCGAAGCUUUCCAGAAAUGUCAAAUAUCAUCAUGAAUAAUAAUAAUAAUAAUAUUUGUUGAAUAUUUCAUAUAUACAUAAUCCUUACUAUUAUUGCUUUGGUGCCAGUCUACCUGUAAUAAACAGUAAUAAUAAUAAUAAUAAUAAUAAUGCUGAUAAAUCUACACCUCUGAUGUGUGAGAAAACUACUAAUGAAAUGCACGGAAGUACAUCAUCCAGUGACUUUGAAUCUCUUUGUUCUGAUGAUAAUGAAUUGACAAAUAAAUCAAUAAAAAGUGAACAAUUCACCGAUGAAAGUAAUAAAACUAUAAUUCUGUCGCAAAACGCUUCACAGGAAUCCAGUAGUGUUGAAGUUAAUCCUCCUCC